CGAUACCCACGCUGUGUCGCACCCGCCGCCUUCUGCCCCCCUGCUACUAUGGAGUACCUUAUCGGCAUUCAAGGCCCCGACUACGUCUUGGUCGCCUCUGACCGAGUGGCUGCUAGUAAUAUUGUCCAGAUGAAGGACGAUCAUGACAAGAUGUUUAAGAUGAGUGAAAAAAUCUUACUUCUGUGUGUUGGAGAAGCUGGUGACACUGUACAGUUUGCAGAAUAUAUUCAGAAAAAUGUACAGCUUUACAAGAUGCGAAAUGGUUAUGAAUUAUCUCCCACAGCAGCAGCUAAUUUCACUCGGCGGAACCUGGCUGACUGCCUGCGGAGUCGGACUCCAUACCAUGUCAACCUCCUCCUGGCUGGCUAUGAUGAGCACGAGGGCCCAGCGCUCUACUAUAUGGAUUACUUGGCAGCCUUGGCAAAGGCCCCCUUUGCAGCCCAUGGUUAUGGUGCUUUCCUGACUCUCAGUAUCCUAGACCGAUACUAUACGCCAACUAUUUCACGUGAUAAGGCAGUGGAGCUGCUUAGGAAAUGUCUAGAGGAACUCCAGAAACGUUUUAUCCUGAAUCUUCCAGCCUUCAGUGUUCGAAUUAUUGACAAAAAUGGCAUCCAUGAUCUGGAGAAUAUUACUUUCUCUAAACAGGAAUCCUAACAUUGUGCCCGCCCUUCCACCUUCCAUGGAACUUUUGUAAUGGGCUCCUUUAUUUUUUUCUACUCAUUUGACAUGCACUCUUGAUAUUAUAUAUGAUUAAUUCAGAAUAAAGCUGAAUAUGGAUAAAUU